CAUAGUUUGUAAUAUGGUUGAAGGGCAAAAAAACGUUAUAACUAGCUCCUCGCUUCCUCUCAUGUUUGCAAUACCAAAGGUGAGUGAGACAUAGUGUAGACCGUUGACAGUAGACGGUACUCAAGGGAGCGCCCGCGCUAAAACAAAAUGUUAAUUUUCCGUUGCAAAAUCCUCAACGUACAUUUACCAUCCUCUUUGGGAACUUUUGUCAAACACUUUCCACUUUCCAAACCCAAAACCUUAUUUCUUCCUCAAAGACUCAACGUUAAAUCUCUAUCCACCGACGGCACCGACAAAAUUCGCACCUCGUGUGAUUUUGAAACCUUAACUUCCCGCCAAAAGGAUCAGAUUCUUCUCUACGUUGACGCUUUACUCCAAUGGAACCAGAAAAUGAAUCUUACGGCUGUCAAAGAAGUUAAUGAAGUAAUGGAAAGGCACGUUGAAGAUUCCCUUGCAAUUAUUCCUCCUAUACAAAACUCUUAUACCUUAAGCUGUAACAAUUCAUUUGAUAGCCUCAGAAUUGUUGACGUUGGAAGUGGCGCCGGGCUUCCUGGUUUAGUUUUAGCUAUUGCUUGUCCAGGUUGGGAGGUAACAUUGGUGGAGUCUAUGAACAAGCGAUGUCUUUUCUUGGAGCACAUAGUGAGUCUUACUGGGCUGUCCAAUGUUCAGGUUGUGAGAGAAAGAGCAGAGAAUUUGGGACAGCAUUCCGACUUUAGGGAGAAAUUUGAUGUAGCAGUGGCCAGGGCAGUUGCAGAAAUGAGAGUUUUGGUUGAAUACUGCCUUCCUCUGGUUCGUGUUGGUGGGUUGUUUGUAGCUGCAAAAGGUCAUGAUCCUCAUCAAGAAAUCAGAAAUGCAGAAAGAGCAAUCAAAUUGAUGGGUGCUUCAAUAUUGCAACUCUGUUCAGUGGAAUCGCACAGCCUACAUGGACAGAGAACUGCUAUCAUUUGCUUAAAAAAUCACUCCACACCAAGAAAAUAUCCACGUGAUCCAGGUACACCGACAAAAGUACCACUCUGAUAAUUAGGGUGUCUGUUCUGCUGUCUGCUUGGGUCCUGCACCUCCAAAUGUAUAUGAGUAACCUUUAUUCUGAAAUUCUUCUUUUUUUUUAUUGAACAACUUUGUUAUGGUUUCAGAACAACCUUAAGACUUUAUCCUCUGUAGUUUGCACUGGACCAGUGUGCUUGACGUGCAAAUUCAGUUUUCUCAAUAUAUUGGCUUGUUGUUUCAGAUACCUGGGGAUUAUUUUUUUGAGAUUGGAUGACAAGAUUCUAAACCGGUCGUUUCAUUCUGAUUUUGCAAAACAAGUUUUUAAGUUUAUUGAUGACAUGAGUUUCUUGAAUAUUAUGCUUCAUGAAAUUGCUUUGCUGAAAGUUAUGUCUUCCAAUUAUGGAGAAGGAUUAAAAAUGAAACUGAAUUCUGGAGGGGAUAAAGUCUGCCGUAUAAGAAUUUUGUUAACGCAUUGUUAUCUACGCCAUUCCAAUCCCCAAACCAAGUGGCGUACUUUUUGAAAGUUAUGGUAAAAUGAUUGAAUAUGAGUAUAAUCCAAUGCAUAGAUGAUAGCACUGAGAAGUGUGUGCAGGACAGGCAGUGUCGGUGUGCGUUUAUGAUACACCAUUGGGCCAAAUUAAUUGAGUCUUGGUUAAUCUUUCUUGUCAGGAUCAAAGUUCAUACUCAAGUCAUGUUGAAGGGAUUGUUUUAGUCUUUGAUUUUGUCGAUUUAGUAAGGAAAUCUUGAUGGUUUCUUGCUUUUAGUAGGCUGAGAUUUCAUAUAUUCAUCUAAUUUAGGUAAAAAGUGUAGAAAAGCAUUCGCUUUCCAGUUAAGCACUUGACAUGGCACAAAGA